UACAAAUAAGACAGUUACGUGCAAGUCUCUUAAUUCUGAUCAGUAAUGCAAUCUAUGUAUCAAUUGUAUUUUUAAUAUUUGACGAUGGACAUUUAAAAUCAUUGGAAGCAUCCUAUCGCCAUAGACAGCAUAUGUAUAAUAACAACUGGCAGAAACAACCAUGGCCGUAUUGGGAGAAUUAUUCCGACUGGCAAGUCUGUUCGCCAUCCUAUGUAUUUUUGAGAAUGAAUCGUCAACUGAAACUACAAGCACUGAUGAGACGUCAUCCCCAACGGAGCAUGAUGGUGAUAUAACCAUAUAUUCAAGAGAUGAUGAUAAUCCUUGGAACGGCACAACGACCAGCCUAAAUGGGGAUGCUCCAACAACUGAAAAUCCAAAAGCUGGUACAAUAACCAGUGUAAAUAGGGACAUUCCAACAUCAGAUAAUCCCAAAGUUGGCACAGUUGCUAACAUAACUGAUGAUCGUACAAAUGGCACAGUGGCCGACAUAAAUGAAGAAACAACCACUAACCCUUUAAACCAAACUGUUGUCUCUUCGGUAAACACAACUGUUACAUCUAACAUUGACAAUGUCUCGAAGGCAGACGAGGAUAUAAAUAACGCCAACUUGACUUAUAACGCAAGAGCAGCUGGAAAUGAAACAUUUACUUCUGAACCAAGAACAGACAAUGAAUCAGUUAAUGAAGCCGAAUGUAGACCUUACUAUUGUUGCGACCCUUUCCUUUCUGACCGCGAUCGUCAUACUUUUAUGAAAAAACACGAGGCCCAAGUUAACGUGAUUAUGUAUUUCUGGAUAAGUCUUUUCCUCUGUUUAGGCGGCCUGGUGGGCAACAUUCUCUCUUUCAUUGUCCUAUACAGGCAAAAGGUCAACACAAGCGUUUUCUUUCUGAAGUGUCUGGCAGUUAGUGAUGGUCUCUAUAUGCUAUGGUAUCUGGUAUUUGAUCUAUACUACACGGCUUAUGAUUCUUCGCCAUGGGUAACGAACAGGGAAGAUCCCAGUGCGCAUGUUAUCCCAGCGAAUUACAUUUACACAAACUUAGGAAAUACAACAUUGACUUUAUACUCGUCAUGGUUAGUAGUAUUGCUUACUGUAGAUCGUUUCAUUAUCGUUCGCAUGCCCUUAAUGGCAAAUAGUCUUUGCACUUUGAACAAGGCUCGAGUAGAGGCAUUUGUUUUGUUUGUAUGUUGCGUUGGCUUUUGUUUGCCUAUACUUUGGCAGUAUACAUCGUCAAUUGAACUUCAUCCAUGUUGGGACUAUCUUAUAAUGUACAAAGAUCCUACUCCAUUUGGACGUACAUUUGGCACUGUUUUUAUGUAUAACGUGGUUCUCACUGGCUUACUAAGGAGUCUCAUCCCAGUGGUCAUGGUCUUUAUUAUGAACAUUCUCCUUGUCAUUGGUCUUGUGAAAGCUGGUAAAAGGAGACGGCAACUUGUUAGCAAUGUCGGCAAAGAGGAUCAAAAGAGAGAUGAAACUAUAAGUCUGAUGUUGAUUACGGUUGCAACUUUAUAUGUAGUCCUCCUUUUACCAAGGCUUGGUCUUUAUGUCCUAAGAAGUCUUUGGAUGGCGCAGAAAUAUCUCGACGUCAAUUUGAAUAUAAGCAGUGCGGCGUUAACGUCCAUUGCCUACUAUGCUCCAAUUAGCGAUUUGUCAGUGCGGGUCAACUGCGCUAUUAAUUUCAUUAUUUACGUUCUCGUGAGUAAGAAAUUCCGUGAUGGUUUGAAAGAGUUGGUUUGUUGCCGGAAUUCCGGCACAUCUGAGUCUUCUAAAAUGACUUCUACAAAAACUUUAUCAUCAAUUAAAAGUUCGAGUGCUCGGGCCAGUGAUAAGAUUGCAGAAAAUGUAGUUGAUAAAUAAGGCACAGUUGAUGUUUUCUGCUUAGGAGAAUCCAAACAAUUGUGUAUAUAGAGAAUUUUAUCUCAUGGUGUCUAAUACGAGUAUAUCCAUUGUUCUUGAUGUCUUGUUCAUUGUCAUAUGUAGGAUCUAGGGAGAAGAGAUAGAGAGAAGUAAGGGUAGUAACAAUUCUACAAUUUUUUGCUGUCGUCAUCUCAUGU